CGAAAACAAUGGGAACUUGUGCUGUCAACAUGCAACGAAAUGCUGAGUUUCUUGAGCCGGUCACGUUUCAACAUGAAUUCUCCAGCUUUGAAUACUUGUUGCUUCUUCCAGGUUUGAGUGAAUCCGAAUCAUGCUUUUAACACAAUUUUCUAUGUUUGCCUCCCUCUUUUACUACAUAAUUCGUGCGACUGUGAUCCUCUACGGGAACACGGUUUUCGCGAUGUACAUGAAUUUGUUUUACCCCAACAUUGAAACGUUUGCCGAUCUGAAUUUCAGUCCGGUGAUUUUCGGCGAUGACCUAUGCAACAGGAGCCCCCAAAUUACAAUCUCUAACGUACCGUGGAAUUGGAUUUCCAUGCUAGGCAGAGGGAAAAUCACCCUACGAGGUCAUAUGGAUGGUAAAAAUGUCUUUGUGAAGAAAAUGGCCGACCCUGAGGAAUUUAGUAAGCUGCACAAGAAAGCUGAGAACUUACUAGGGGAUCCUAAAGUAAGUGUGGAUAUGCUCAUAGAUAAGAUAGAUAAAUCUGUGAGGCAGAUUGAUCAAAAAUUGAUACUAUGCCCACAAGAAACUGAAGUACGAGAUCUCCUCGGGGAGAUCAGAAAAACACAAGACUUUAAACAAUUGAUUUCAAUAUGGACCUCUCUUGAAGUCAACCCAGAAGCUGCAAUGCUUCAGAUGCUUCAACCCCCCAUGUGGCCUGUACCAAAGUAUUAUGGUGCCUGUGGCUCACUUAUCGUUGUAGAAGACUGUGGGGACAUGUUAUCAGACUACUAUGACAAAAGUUACAACCAGAGGGCAAGGAUCUCUGCGAAAUUGCUCAGAAUGGCUAUGAUGUUCACAUUCAGGCAUGCCAAAUAUGCAUUUUAUUUUACCGACUUUUCACCCGACAAUAUUGCAGUUGACUCUAAUGAAAAUGUCUGUUUAGUUGAUCUUGAGCAUAUUUACGUCGUCGAUAAAUAUCCGAAAGAUACGAGCCAUUAUCCUAACUGGAAUAUUACUUACUCAGCGUCCCAUUACAAUUGUCAGGAUUGUUUUUUAUUCCGUCCCUCAGAAAUUUGCUCACAUCAUUUAUCGGACCAAAAUAUACUUUCAGUUUGUCGUGAAAUUUUAUUCACCUCAUCUGUGAUAUUUAAGGAAGGAUUUCUCUAUGACUCACCAGCUGAUAUCUUCUGGUUGAUUUAUGAUUGUGUCAACGUGAGUCCGGGUGAAACACGAUUUAAAAUAGCAGAACAGUUAAUAACUACUCUUGAAAAGUAUUAACUAAUUUAAUGAAUCAAUGAUAACAAUAAUAAUAUUUGAUGAUCUUUGUUUUUUGCUUUUUAAUACAAUUUUAACUGUUUUAACUCCACAAACUUGUUUUGUUUACUGCUUGUAUGCUAAUAUAAGAUAAUGUAAAUAUGAAGAAUUAAUUUUUGUAAAAAUAAAGUUUUAUCGAUUAUUAUAAUUGUUUAAUUUAA